GCGCCCGGGGAACUACAGCUCCCGGCGGCCCCCGCGCCGCCGCGCUCAGACAAGAUGGCGGCCGCCACGGGGUGUGCGGCAGGAGCGGUGCCGGCGGGAUACACGGCUCUGGCGGUGAAGUUCGCGGAGCGGCAGCACUCGCACCACUGCCUGUUGGUGAAGGAGCACCAGGUGCGGGAAGGGGCCGACACCGCGCACCCGCCUCGCCGCACCCUCUUCGUCCUCAACGUGCCCCCGUACUGCGGCCCGGACUCUUUGUCUAGGCUGUUCUCCCGCUGCGGGCAUGUGCAAUCUGUGGACAUCUGUGACAAGCCAGGGCCAGGAGAGAAAAAAGAUAAACUGGCAUCGAAAUUCUUUGACCACAAAACUCUGAAGGGAUUUCAAGUAGCAUAUGUGGUGUUCAGGAAACCAGCAGCUGUCCAGGCAGCCAAGGCUCUAUCACAGGAAGGUCCCUUGCUAAUAUCAACAGAGAGCCACCCUGUGAAAACCGGCAUUAGCAAGUGGAUCGCCAGCUAUGAGGCCUCCAUUGUGGAUCCGAAGGAGCUGAAGGCUGAGGUGGAUGCCUACAUGGAAGACUAUGAUAAAAAGGUGGCAGAGGAAAAAGCCAAAGCAGCCACGGAGGAGGGUGUUCCGGAUGAGGAGGGCUGGGUGAAGGUGACGCGGAAGGGCCGGAAGCCCGGCCUGCCCCGGACAGAGGCUGCCAACCUGCGCGUGCUGGAGAAGGAGAAACAGAAAAGGGCCCGCAAAGAACUGCUCAACUUCUAUGCCUGGCAGCAUCGAGAGACCAAGAGAGAGCACAUUGCCCAGUUGAGGAAGAAAUUUGAGGAGGACAAGCAGAGGAUCGCACUGAUGCGAGCUCAGCGCAAGUUUCGGCCAUACUAGGUUGUGCUGAGCUGUUCUUCAGGUGCCUGUGCUGGAGAGGGUAGGAGAGAUGCCUACUGACUCCAUUUGCCAAAGGAUUUUGAGGAAUUGAGGCAGCUUUGGAUUGCCUCUGCCUUUGGAUCUGAAACAGGAGAUCCCAGCAACUGCUACUGGAGGAGAGUUCCCUUUACUUGCACCAGUAUCCUCCUGCUCUUCUGUCAUUCAGCCCCAUGGCACCACUUCUCAAGGUGCUCAGGUCAAGGGGCUGAGGCACAUCCUGUGACAACCUGUAUCUCCCUGCCACCCAAAACCACACCUCCUAAAGUUUGGUGAGAACUGGGAUUGACCUAGUGCAGCCUCUGCAGGGGCAGGGAAUGGCUGAAGAACUGUAAAUAAACUGCUGCUACUGUUUUCAGAACA